UGGUAAAUCAGUCUCUGCCUCAUUACAACAUUUGUUUUUCAAUAAGUUUAGAUAAUAAUUUGUUGCAACCUACAAGAAAAUUGAUCAAUUGCCCUCGCGGUGCUAAUAAACCAAAUCAAAUGGCCCACAAUGCGGCAUUGACCCGCAAGGCGAAGUCCACACGCCUGGAGAAUCCUCCGAUGUCCCAGACAUAUCGACAGCAAGCCAACGAUGUAGGAAUGCCCAAGGAAAAGGUACCGAAGAUGAGUAACAAUCGGCGAAACAAGUCAUCCAAACAGCAGGUGCAGGAUUCACCUACAACACAGUCAAAAGCUGUGGGCCAAAUGAGUCAUUUUGAUCUGACUCGAGCCUCUAAAAAUCCGAUCCGAGCAGCCGGAGGAGGCGGAGCAGCAGCCGUGGCUCCAAAAUACCAAAGCAAGGUUAAUCUAAGCAACCAACAAUCAAAGACCCUACGAACCCCAGUGUUAUCCACAGGAAGAGCUCAAAAACUCACACCCAAAGAGAUCAAGGAGUUCAGGGAAACCGAGGAAUUUAAGAUGCUAAACGAACCCAAAGAAAUCCGAGAACUAAAAGAAGCCAGAGAGUUCAGGGACUUUAAGGAACUCAAGGAGGCCAAAGAACACAAGACACUGCAUGAGCCUAAGGAAUCAAAAGAGCACAAAGAAUCCAAAGAUUCCAGGUUAAGGGGAGCCCCUAAGUCGCCCAAUCUCAGCCAUCGUAAUUCACGGCACAACAGCAAUCGCACCAAGAACUACUUCGACAAAUACCUAAAGUUCGCCUUCGAUCUGAGCACUCCGGAUGGUGUGCAGAAACUUGAGGCCCAUUUCUUUCCCAACCAAUCCUUCGAGCAGGCUCCGAAUACCACUGGCAAUUUAAACUUUAGGCGAGAGGAACCAGUUAAGCCCCAUCUAAAUCAGAUCUAAUACAAUAUCAUAGUCGAUCGAGCCAAAAUUUUCUAGUUUUAAAACAAGAUACUCUUAAUUUGCAGCAACUAUUUAAGAACACUUUAAAAUUGUAUUGAAACCUUGUGAAAAGCAAAUGUUACAGAAGUUAAUAAAUCUGCAUUGUUUACUAAA